AUAAUUUUUGUAACAACUAAACAACACGCUAAAACUGCGAAUUUUCGCAGAUUCCAUUGCCAACUUUUUCAUUCAUCGCUUUCAUUUAUACUUCAGAACUUGAAGCCAGGGAUUACAAAACCUGGGAUCAUGCACUUUGGCAAUGGCCAUUAUCGCCGUGUAAACAGAUUUGGUCCCUAUAUUGCAGACUACAAGGAACAAUUUUUACUUGCAUGCAUAGUCCGAUCUUGGUGUGCAAAAUGUACUUCAAAUAGCAAAGCUCUCAAUGAUGACAACCUCCUGUGCUUGAGAGUUCAUACUGACACACUAAUCAAAGAGUGUGACCAUGCAAUACUUUGGGAUGAGUAUGAGAUUAUCGCCCAACUUGUAGUAAGUCUCAGUGCAUUUAUUUUACUUAAAAUGAACCUAUUCAUAUAG